AUGCUCUCGACAGUCGUUACCUCGACCAUUUUCGCGCUCGGCGUCGCAGCGCAGCAGUAUGCCGGAGAUGUCAUCAGUGCUGGCCUGCCGACCAUCGAAGGGGCCGAAGUCGCUUUCUUCAAGAUUCCGGACACGACUGGCGUCAACAAUAACUUGACGCUGAUCAAUUACUACUCGCAUGGUACCAGUGGAGGGCGGAUUGUGGAAUCCAAUGUGCAGAGAGUGCUGAUCACGAUUCAUGGGCUGCUGAGGGAUCCGUGGGAUUAUAUGAACGAUGUGCAUAAACUCCACGUCAAGAGAAUGACUACUCGCGAGCUGACUGCUGUUGCUAUGACCAGACCCUGAACGCAUUGGACCUUGCUACGACGCAAGACGCGAACAUCAACAGAGAUUCGGUGGCCGUGAUAGCUCCCUACUUCGCCAAUGGGGACGACAAGGGCCUCGCAUAUCCUUGGACUGAUGGACUUGGCGCGAAUCAAGGCUCUACUACCAAUGCUCUUGUCUGGGCUGGCUCUCAAUGGCUUGCAGGUCUCAACAACCAAUACCCGCAUUCCUCCACAGGCACCUCCGGCUUCUACGUCUUGGACACUCUGAUCAACUACUUUAACGAUGCGACUCUCUUUCCGGACCUAAAGCAGAUCGUGUUGGUCGGCCACUCCGCAGGUGGGCAGAUGCUUCAGCGAUAUGCUGUCGUUGGAGACAACCUCAACACUCGGGUGCCCGUCACUUACUGGAUUGGCAAUCCUGACAGCUAUGCCUGGCUAAGUGAGGAUCGGCCGCUUUCGACCGCAGAUUGCCCCAUCUUCGAUGAGUACCGUGAAGGCUACUCGAACUUCACCGACGUCGGCAUGGUCUACGGCACCUAUAUUGUCGGUGAGGGCAGAGAGGCUCUUGUGAACAACUACAACAGCAAGCAAAUCGCUUACGCCCGCGCUAUGCUUGAUCAUGGAGACGUGUCGCACGAUUGUCGGGCUAAUACUACUGGCAACGACCGCCACGAGCGAUUCUUCUUCUACAUCCAAGAUGUUCCACCGACGUGCGACGACUCGACGUCUUGGAACUGCGACACUGUCGACCUCAUCCAAGUCACUCAUGACAACGGACAGAUGUUCCAAUCACCUGCUGGUCAAGCCCGACUGUUCACCGACAACUUCUACGGCGAUAACUCCCGCGCUUACGACUUCGGAUAUCCCCGUGCGCAAACCGGUGACGACCCAUUUCCCGACCCAUCUCAAGCGAGCAUCCAAAACCCCAACAUCAACUACAACGUGUACGCCGGCAACAUGACUUACCAAGGCUGCUGGACAAACCAAGAACCUAUCACUCCCCAAGCGCUGCCGACCAUGCUCUUCGACAAUGCCAGCAACUCGAUCGAAGCAUGCUGCUCGGCUUGCACCAACAGCGGCUACAGCAUUGCCGGAAUGCAGAACCAGACGGAAUGCUAUUGUGGAAACGCGCUCAACGGCCAAUCUGCAGUGCUCGUUGUCGACAGCAGCUGUUUACUUACCUGCCCUGGCAACACCGCCGAGAUUUGUGGCAGCAUUAAUCGAUUUUCGAUCUUUUCCAACGCAUACCCUAACUUUGACUGA